GCUGCUCGUCUUCGGGGGGCCCAUCGGCUUCCUGCCCUGCUUCGCCUUCAUGUGGCUGCUGGACAAGAAGGGUCUGAGGGUAACGGUGCUGUUAACAUCCUUCCUCAUGGUGCUAGGAGCUGGCCUAAGAUGCAUACCGGUGUCAGACCUAACAAUAAGGAAAAGACUGAUUCAUGGAGGGCAGCUGUUAAACGGAUUGGCAGGUCCCACUGUGAUGAACGCUGCUCCAUUUCUCUCCACUACAUGGUUUUCUCCAGAUGAACGUGCCACUGCAACAGCUAUUGCAUCCAUGCUCAGCUACCUUGGUGCAGCAUGUGCUUUUCUUGUGGGACCUCUGGUAGUUCCAUCUCCUAAUGGAACAUCACAUCUUCCACUUGCCUCGGAAAGUAGCACGGAGCAUAUCAAGGACCGCAUUGAAGCUGUCUUGUAUGCAGAAUUUGGAAUGGUCUCCCUGAUAUUUUCUGCAGCACUAGCCUAUUUCCCAUCACGCCCCCCAUUUCCUCCCAGCGUGGCUGCAGCUAGUCAGCGCCUCAGCUAUCGCAGAAGUUUUUGUAGGCUCUUAAGCAAUUUCCGUUUCUUGAUGAUUGCCUUAGCCUAUGCUAUGCCAUUAGGCGUGUUCUCUGGCUGGUCUGGCGUUCUGGACUUGAUAUUAACACCAGUUCAUGUCAGUCAAGUGGAUGCAGGCUGGAUUGGCUUUUGGUCUAUAGUUGGAGGCUGUGUGGUUGGCAUAGCAAUGGCAAGGUUUGCAGAUUUUAUCAGGGGCAUGCUGAAACUUAUACUUCUACUGCUGCUAUCUGGAGCAACACUAGCAUCCACCUGGUUUACUCUCACCUGUCUAACUAGUGUCACUCACCUGCCUUUAACUACAGCUACACUGUACACGUCCUGCAUUUUGCUAGGAGUGUUCCUCAAUAGCAGCAUACCUAUAUUCUUUGAGCUUUUUGUGGAAACAGUCUAUCCAGUUCCAGAAGGAAUCACAUGUGGAGUUGUCACCUUUCUGAGUAAUGUGUUCAUGGGCGUCCUUUUGUUUUUCCUCACAUUUUACCAUACAGAGAUUUCUUGGUUCAAUUGGUGCCUCCCAGGGUCAUGUUUGCUCAGUCUGCUCCUUAUUCUGUGCUUCAGGGAAUCCUACGAUAGACUGUAUCUUGAUGUCGUCGUCUCAGUUUAAAAACACAGAACUGGUGGAGUUGUAGAAGGGACUGGGAAUCCAUGUUGCGUUCUGCACAUUUGCUUGGAAUUGCACAGCUGAACGGAGGAAAAGCUACAAAAUGUUAAAUACAGUUUUAUUCAGUUUUGAAGAUUAUUUUUUUAAAAUACCCUUUUGAUUCUUAUCACAAGCCAGAUAACCGGUGUCAGACUUGGACGGGAAUCAGAGCACCAGUGUCGGAACUGAUAUUUAAUUUACAAGGCUGUACCUGUUGCUAUUAACUGUGCAGAUAUUUGUGCCAAUUCAAGGUUACAUGAGGUAUCUAUAGGUACCAAGGCACCAGUAAUCUUUCAGUCUUCUCUCCAAAUAAGAAUAGCUGAUAAUCUUUUCAAAACUCGAUUUAACUUUUAAAUUAGUAACUAAUUUAAUUGAUAAACGCCCAGUAGUGGCAGAAGCUAAAAUAACGUGGUGCUUAUAAGCUACAGUUGUGUUUCGAUAAAAGCCAUUUCUGUAAGAAGAUGCUGGUGUUUUGGUCUAACCAUUUUGGAUACUUUUAACAGACCUUGCACUGUUGUUGAAAAAGCUUAAUUUUUGCCCCAGAGCCAGAGUGCAGUCAAUGAUUGCUGUAAUAAUAGCCAGACAAUAGUUACCACUAAAGUCUAGUGUUAGCUGACAGUAGCAUCUGUAAUGCUGCAGUUGUUCUAUCUGUUUAAAACAGGAAAUAACUGUGGUAUUUUGGAAGUUUGCAAUAUAGUCACUGUUGGUAAAUGUUGAUAUUCUAAUGGCCAUCACUACUACCCUUUCAUCUCCAACUAAUACUGUCUUUCACCGUAAAACCCUAUUUCUUGCCCCUCAGUACUGUAGGGGUACAGCUUCCAAUUUUGGGAGUUCUUUGUUAAGCAAAGACUGCAGUCUUAUAGUGCGUGCAUGAUUUUAAGAUUAGUUUACAGUGUAAGGCUGUCUAAACAAUAAUGUUUUCAAAUA